AUGAACAAAUUCAUCAUUGCUUUACCUAUUUUUGCUUUGCUUGCAUUAGGUGGAAUACUCUAUUAUAAGAACUCUAACAACUACUUGGAGUCUUCUCUUACCAUCCCUAAUGAUUUGACUAUCUACAAUUUUGCUCAAUGCUAUUAAAACUUACCAGCUAUUACUGAUAGCUGCAAAAACACUGAUGCUUAUAACUAAGCUGCCACUAAUUUCAAUAAUUUGACUAGUGCUUAAUCAGACAACCCCAACACUGCUUGCAUUAAUUACAACAAAUUCUUCUAAACUGCUUUUGCUUCUCAACCUCUCAACUAAAACAAUUAUUUCGCUGAUUGCUACUUGAAUGAUUAAGCUCUCGCAAUCGCUAAAUCAAACUAGUGCUUUUACGAUAAGUAUUUUGCUCCUUUUUAUUUACAAUGCACCAGAUCUAGUGCUUCUAGCUCUUCUUCCUCUUCUUCCUCUGAUUCCAACAAGCCAAAGAAUAAUCUUACCACUGUCACUUUUACUCAAUAUGCCGAAUGCUUAAAAACUCUUUAAUAUAGUGUAUAGCCUUGCCAAACUACUGAUGCUUAUUACAGUACUGUUAGUUAAUUCGUUGACUUAACUUAUCCUGACUCUUCAAAUGUGUCUAGUGAUUGCAAGAAUUACUACAGCUACCUUAAAGUUGCUCAUGCAGAUGAUCUUAUCAAUAAAAAUAAUUAUUAUCAAAGCUGCUUCCUUUCUAGUAAAAUCUAGAGCAUUGCUUAAUCCAACGAUUGUUUCAACUAAUACUACUACAAGCCUAUUUAUACUACUUGUUUAGGAAAUUGA